GGUUGUGCAUUUGGCUAACGGUAAUUCUCUUGAAUAGAAAUCCACAUACUACACCCUGUGUUGCAUACAAAGUGCUUAUGUGCCGUGUUUUGUGUGUGUGUGUGUGUGUGAAAGUGUGCGAGCAGGAAACACAUCAUCAGCGGCAGCAAGUGUAAUGAAGAAAUUUCAAUAAAAAAUAAUAAUAAGAAGCAAUAAUCACCAAUAAAGUGACAAACCAAUACGAGUAAAAGAAAACGAGAAGCGGAAUUAAACGGUGAAAUUUAAAAAAAAAGAGAGAGGAAAAAAAGAAAAGUUCUUGCUAAGGACUUGGGCAACGAACUUUAGCCCAAUUGAGAGUCUUCACCGUUGAAGUGAAGGCCAAGGCAAAUUGCAUCCCGUGCUUAGCCAUUAGAAGCCAAACGGCAACUUGCAACGUCAACAAAAUGAUUUUAAGAAUAUUCUUACUCUUCUUGGUGUCAUCGGCCACGGCGCAAUAUCAUCAGUUUGGAGAACAAUUGCAGACAGCCCAUGGUUCCGAUUGUGCCCUCUUGCUAGCCGGACCGGGUCGAUCCUCUGUCUAUGAUUACAAUGUGAAUCUGUUUCGUGGCACAGCGAAUCCCUAUAAUAGUGGAACGGGCACUUGUAUCACCUACGAUGCCAUUAAUGCUGCCUACUUGGAUGCCCGCAAACGUAUACAUGUGGCCCAGCCCAAGAGCGACUGGAAGCCCGAGGAACUGGCCACUGUGGGCGAACUGUUGCUCGAUAUUUCCAUACAGUUGGCUCGCACUUAUGGCCUGUCCUAUGAGGAAAUCGAGAAGGGUCUUCCCACCAUUGAUACCUCAAAGACGUUGAUUCGUGAAGUGUGUCCGCCCUUCUUUGCGGGUGUCGAGUGUCGACCGGGCAAAUAUCGUCGUUUCGAUGGCCUUUGCAACAACAUUGAGCAUCCCACUUGGGGUGCAGCCAACUCGCCAUUCCAGCGUCUCAUCGGGCCACUGUAUGCAGAUGGUAUAAAUGCUCCACGUAUUUCGGUAACUGGACGCGACUUGCCCUUCUCACGUGUCGUCUCCCGCACCAUGCAUCCCGAUGAUGGCUAUCAUGAUCACGCCGGCACUGUUAUGGUCAUUGCCUGGGGCCAGUUCAUGGAUCAUGAUUUCACGCUGACGGGAACACCAUUGGAUCCCAUCAAUCGCAACGAUCCGGAGGAAUGCUGCAAGCGUCCAUUGCAUUUGAAGCAUCCAUAUUGUAAUGAGAUUCGAGUGCCAGAUGAUGAUUACUUCUAUCGUCUUUUUAAUGUCAAGUGCAUUGAUUUUGUUCGUGGCUUCCCCUCACCCCGGCCAGGCUGUAAAUUGGGUUCCCGCCAGCAAUUCAAUACUCUGACGGGUGUCAUCGAUGCAAACACUGUCUAUGGCGUGAAGGAGGCCUUCGCUCGCAAGCUGCGCACUGGCUAUGGCGGUCUGAUGCGCAUGAAUCCCGUGUUCCAGGAGUAUGGCCUUAAGGACUUGCUGCCCCUGAAGCUGGACAUACCUGACGAGGGCUGCACACGACCCAACAAGAGCAUGUAUUGCUUCGAGGGCGGAGAGAUUCGUGUGAAUGAGCAAUUGGUGUUGACCUGCAUGCACACAUUGAUGGCGCGAGAGCAUAAUCGCUUGGCCACUGGUCUAGCCCAGAUCAACAAACAUUGGGAUGACGAGACUUUGUUCCAGGAGGCACGACGCAUCAAUAUUGCCAUUGUCCAGCAUGUGACAUACAAUGAGUUCCUGCCCAUUCUGUUGGGCAAGGAAGUGAUGGAGAAAUUCGGUUUGGUUCUGCAAAAGGAUGGCUACUGGGAUGGCUACGAUUCGAAUGUUAAUCCGGGCAUUAUUGAUUCAUUUGCUGGAGCUGCCUUCCGCUUUGGACAUUCUUUACUGCCCACAGCUGUGGAGCGUUGGUCCAAGGCACACAAGUUCAUUGCCUCGAAACGUUUAUCGGAUUUGAUUCGUCGCCCAUAUGAUUUGUAUCGCGCUGGUGUCUUGGAUGAGUAUUUCAUGGGUCUGAUGAAUCAAGUGGCCCAGGCUAUGGAUGAUUCCAUUACACAGGAGGUGACCAAUCAUUUGUUCAAAAAGGAGGGAGCCCGAUUCGGCAUGGAUCUGGUAUCUUUCAAUAUGCAGCGAGGCCGUGAAUUCGGUAUCCCCGGUUACAUGGAGUUCCGUAAAUUCUGCGGCCUGCCCACCUCAAAUACCUGGGAUGAAAUGUAUGGCUCGAUGCCCAAUGAGACGGUUUUGCGUUAUGGCAGCAUAUUCGAACAUCCUGCUGACAUCGAUCUAUGGUCUGGCGGUGUUUCGGAGAAGUCCCUGCCUGGCUCCAUGCUGGGUCCCACUUUUGCCUGUGUCAUUGCCACCCAGAUGAGCUAUCUCCGACGUGGUGAUCGCUUCUGGUACGAAUUGCCCAAUCAGCCGUCGUCCUUCUCACCUGAGCAGCUGCAGGAGAUACGCAAGGCGAAGCUCUCUCGAUUGAUAUGCGAUAAUACGGAUCUGAUUGACACUGUGCAAAUUUAUCCCAUGGUUCUGCCCGAUCAUGAAAUCAAUCCACGUGUGCCCUGCAAGAGUGGUAUCAUACCCUCAAUCGAUCUGUCUAAAUGGGCUGAUUAUGGUGGCCAUGGCUUGGAUUCUUCAAUCUACAACUAUAUCAAUGAAAUUCCCGAUACAUUACUCAAUUAUAGGAAGUAACUGCCAUUUAAUCUUCAAUAAGAUUUUCCAGCUUCUAUUCACACACCCACACACACAGUGAUCCUGAAAAGGAUGUGUCUAUGAAACAUUACUCAGUUCUGCAUUCUUCAUUUACUAUCUAUUUUCUAUAUAUCGCUUAGUCUCUUUAACUAGUCUUUGCACACUUUUCUUCAUCGACAAUUUCCAUAGCCAAUCAGUCAGCCAUUUUCUUUUAGCAACUUUUCCAGCCUUUCCAUCAUUUUUUUUGUAUAUAUUAUUAUUAAAUAGCAGAA